CGGAAAAAGCAUGGAGAAGAUUUUGAACACGGCAACACUGCCUGUCAGCAGCUGAUGAUACAUGUAUAACUGCUGUGGAUGGGCUUUUUCUUCUGCUUGUCUAAUCUUAAAGGCCUCUCGGAGAAAUGCGUGGACGGAGGAAUGACGCAGAUGUGACCGAUCGAUCGAGGUGGAGGUGGAGGCGACGGGACGGUCGCUCUCUGCUCCUCUGCGACCAAACACUGUGGGCUCCCACAGCAACCAACAACCAGCUGGUUGUGAAGUGGGCUUUCUUUUCGCUGUUACUGGGAACAAAAGUACGAUCGUUGAAAUCGUGAGGAAAAGUAUUUACUCGGAGUUAAUCCCGUUCCCCGGAGGAUUUUAAAUACCUGCUGCCGACGCGAUGAGCGCUGCGGGAAACUCAGACACGGACUCCAACAAACUGGAGUCUGUGAUACAGAAGCUUGAGCAGAGUGUUUUAUCUGAGGAGAAGAGGCUGACGGUCCGGGGCCCUUCACCUGAUGCCCCACUUACAUGUCUACCAGCACGAGUACGCGAGAUUGUCACAAAGAACCUCAACGAUAGCUCAGGAGCCAUGUCCUCCGUCAUGUCCCUCCAGGAUGAGAACCGAGUGCUGCAGGGAGAGCUGGCGAGGCUGGAGGACCUGCUGGCACACAGCAGAGCCGACCGAGAUGAGCUCGCCAUCAAGUAUGGUGCAAUUAGUGAGAGGCUGGAGCAGGCCUUACGUUUUGAGACAGGAGAUGGGGACCUUGAGUCACCAGAGUCCCGCAGCCUGGCUCAGCAGAAUGUCGAUUUACGCAGACGGCUGGACGAGGAACAAGCAGCCUACAAGCGUAAACUCACUGCAUACCAGGAGGGUCAACAGAGGCAGGCGCAGCUGGUGCAGAAGUUGCAGGCCAAGGUACUUCAAUACAAAAAAAGGUGUAUGGAUCUGGAGCAGAUGCUGCAGGAGAAGUCCUCAGAGCUGGAGAAACACAGGCCAAGUGCUCACAGUGAAACAUCAAACGGUCACCAUCAAGAUGAGUCGAGCAGCAACCUGGAAGAUUCUUUAAUCCGUCUGGAGGAAGAACGGCAGAGGAGCAGCAGUUUGUCUGCGGUGAACGCCAUGUUGAGAGAGCAGCUGGAGCAAGCUGGUUUGGCUAAUGAGGCUCUCAGCCAGGACAUCCGCAGGCUUACUGCUGACUGGAAAAAAGCCAGGGAGGAACUGGAACAAAAGGAGUCUGACUGGAGGAGAGAAGAAGAGUCUUUCAACAGUUACUUCAGCAGUGAGCACAGUCGUCUGCUGACACUGUGGCGCCAAGUGGUUGGGUUCAGGAGGCACGUCUGUGAGCUGAAGAGCGCCACUGAAAGGGACUUGUCGGACACGCGUAAUGAGCUGGCUCGGGUGUGCCACUCUGCUCAGGUGUCCUGUGCAGGUCUGUCAGCCAAUCUGCAUAACCGCGAGGGAGGAGUGGCUCUGGCUCUGGAGCGAGAGAAGGCUCUGAGGGUUCAGCUGGAGCAGCAGCUGAGGGAACGAGUGGCAGAGAUGAUGAAUCUUCAGACCAGAACAGACACAGAGAGAAGUGAGCUCAACAUCAGGUUGUCAGAUUCUGUGCGAGAAGGGGAGAGACUAAAAGGCCAAAUUGAAGAACAAGAAAGAGAGAUUGUUGUACUGACAAGGAGGCUUGAGGAGCAGAGUGGCAAUGAUGCAACUGACAUGCAGAUGAUGAAAGCUCACACAGAAACACUGUUAAACACACUGCGGGAGGUCACUCAGAUGGUUUUGUCAGAUGGAGAGCCAUUGUCAGAGGCAGAGCAGGACAACAGCGGGGCUCCACUGUUGGCUUUGAUGCGUGGCCCUUCCCCUCACCGCUCCUCUUCCCCCUCUCAACUCUCCUCAUUGUCUCCUGUCCCAGAGGGAGUGCUGUCUGCUGUCCGCUCCGCAGUCACAAACAAAAUGCUCCAGCUGCAGGAUGUUCGGGGGCGUCUGCUCUCUGCCCAGUCCUCACUGCAACAGUUACGAAAGCAGCUUUCGGAAGCAGAUUCAUCUAAAAGAGAUACAGAACAGCGAAACCAAGCUUUGCAGAGAGAGAGGGAUGCAGCUCAGAGAAACAGGGAGACCACACAGAGGGAAAGGGACCGUCUGAGGCAGGAGAGAGACACACUGGCCAGUGAGAAGGUGAGCUUGGAGAAGACUGUACAGGCAGUGCAGGGCAGCAAACAGGCCCUACAGAUGGACUGUGAGAAGCUACAGCUGACUGUGGCAGCCACACAGCGAGAGCGAGAUCAUGAGAGGGAAGAGAAAGAGGCCGCCGUUCAGGAGAGAGACCGAGCCAAGGCAGAGGCUCAGAGGAUACAGAAGCAGUUGGAUCAGAGUGAGAGUCGAGCCUCUGUUCAGCGUACAGAGUUGUCUGCAAUGAGGGAGACGCACCAGCAGGGGGAGGUUGAGAGGCAGCUUCUUGAGCAAGAGAAAGCCCAACUCUCAGAAGCACUUGCUCGGGCUGAGAGCAGUAAUGCAGAGCUCUCUCUGCUGCUUAACAAGCUGCAGUCUGAGGACGCAGCGCUCAGAGACUCCCUGGCCAAAAUGGGUGGCAUGAAUGAAGGCUUGGCCUGGGACAAGGUCGACCUUAACACCUACAUCCUCCAGCUGGAGGAAGAGAAGGCUCUCCUGCAGGCUCAGAAACGGGAGGCAGAGCAAGAAAAAUUGACCAUCAGAGAUGAGCUGGUCCGGUUGGAGCAGGACAGGCUGGAGCUGGACUCUGCCCGCAUCACUUUGCACCAGGCGCUGCAGGAUGCUGAACUAAGCCGGGUGGGAAUGGAGGCGGAGCUCCAAACCCUCCGGGCUGAGAGGCUUCAGCUGCAGGAGAAAGUUGCCCAGCUCUGUGGUGAGGUGACCUCUCUGGGAUCAGAGUUAAGUCUUGCCAGAGGAGAGGGUCAGAGGAAUGAGGUGGCCUUAGAGGAGGCCGGCCGCAGUCGAGCAGAACUGGCCCGAGACAAAGCAGCUCUAGUGGUCCAGCUGACGGCAUCUGAGAGAGACAAUGCAAUGCUGUCAGAAGAACUGGCUGCUUUCAGGUCAGAACGAGAGUCACUGGAAACCAGUUUGUUCGAGGUGCAGCAGCAGCUCGUCCAGGCGGAGUCUCGCAGAGAGCAGCUGGAGACAGAGAACCAAAGCCUUCGAGUCCGCUGUGAGACUGUUGCAGCUGAACUAAGGCGUGUACGUUCGGAUGGGGAGAACGCGUUGGCUCAGGCUGAGAGAGAGAAAGAGGCUCUGACUCAGGCUCUAAAUACUGCACAGCUGGAGGCCCAGCAGGCUUUACGCAAGGCCAUCUCCGAACAUCAGGAAGAGGUGGAGCGACUCCUCUCAGAAAAGGAAGUCAUGCGGCACAGCCUGCUCAUGGAGCAGGAGGUCGCUCUGAGGAAGCUCAGGCAGCAGAUGGAGGAUCAGCUCCAUAGAGUGCAGAGAGAAAGAGAGGAGUUGCAGGAUGAACUGAGGAGCCUCCAGCAUGACAGGGAUCAGAGUCUGCUGCAGGCUGAGACUGAAAAACAACAGGCCCUUUCUCUGAAGGAGGCAGAGAAAACUGUUUUGGCUGACAGGGUGUCUAGUCUGCAGGCUGAGCUGUCAGCUGCAGCAGCAGAGGCCGAGAGGAUGUCCAGAGAGCUCGCUCAUUACAAGGAGCAGGAGCAGGUCCGAGUUGGCGCUCUGACCACGGAGCUGCUGGGGCUUCGCUCUCAGCUGGAGGAUGCAGCUUCUGUUCAUGAACGGGAACUCCACAGUCUACGAGAGACUUGUACUGACCUUCAGUCACGUGCUGAUGUUGCUUUCAAAGAGUUGGACCAGUGCAGAGCUUCUCUCUCAGUCGCCGAGGAGAGCAGAGACCAACUGAGACGGGACAUACUGGACCUUGAACGCCGUCUCAGCCAAACUCAGGACGUAGCAGAGAACUACAGAAGAGAAGGCACAGAGCUGCGACGCAACCUUGGUGAUGUCACUAAGGAGAGGGACGCUCUCAGCCAAUCAAACACCCAGAUAAGAGAAACACUACAAAGCACAGAAACAGAGAGAAUCAGUGUGAAACGACAGUGUGAAGAGAAGCAGCAGAGGCUGGUUGUGCUGAAGGAGAACUUAUCAUCUGCUCAGAAGGAGGUGACAGAGCUGCGGAGCUGCCUGAGAGAAGUUGAGAGGUCACGACUCGAAGCUCGGCGAGAGGUGCAGGAGCUGCGCAGACAGCUGAAGGUUCUGGAUGGAGAAAAGGAGCAGAAAGGGAGGGAGGUGGCAGAGCUGCAGACUCGCCUGUCGCUGGAGGAGCAAAGAGAGGAGGAGAGAGGUUUAGAGGUUUUUGCCCUCAAACAGAAGUUAACUGAAGCUGAAACAGCUCGAGACUCCCUCAAGAAGGAGCGUUCCCUGAUUCAAAAGCGCCUGGUGGAGUCUGAGUCCAGCUGGCGUGGCUGCGAGAGAGAACUGACCGCUCAGCUUCAGGAGGCGCGUGGCUGCGAGAAGAAGUUGCAAGACGAAGCCAAGAACUUGAUGCUGCGUGCUCAAGCGGCUCAGGACUCUGCAGGUCAGGCCAGCCUGCAGCUGAGCGAGGCUCAGGGUCGACUGGCUGCUACAGAGGCGGAGCUGACCCGGGCCGAGGCCGGGAGGAGGGAGCUGGAGUUACGUCUGAGCAGCCUUCAAUCGGCACUGACGCGAACGCUGGGCAUCGGAGCUAGUGGCAGAGGAGGUAGGGGGAGGAGUCCUGGGGGGAGCUCCGCCCCCCCUGGCACCAUGUCGCGCCACCACAGCAUCUCACCCCUGCGCUCCUCAUUGUCACCUCCUAAAGAAUUUCGAGGAAGCACCCCCGACAAUACUUCAGGUUCAGGGGCUGUGUCUCCUGAUAGAGGAAACACACCGCUCCCUCUCCUUCAGCCAGAGCUGGAGCCUGAGAUGCUGCGAAGCAGCCUUAGAGAAUUCCUGCAGGAGCUACGUGACGCACAGAGAGAGCGGGAUGAUGCUCGAUGCCAGCUGGAGGCCAUGAAGCGGGAGGUGGAGGAGUUGACGCUGGAAAGAGACUGUGGUCAGAGUCGUCUCACUCAGCUACAGAACACCCUACAGGAACACCAAGAAGGCCGACGUGCUCUGGACGAGCGUCUGACCACGAUUCAGAUUUUCCUCCAGCAACAGGAGGAGAUGGUGAGGAGGGCAGACAGAGAGAGGAGAGCUCUCACCGACAAGGUGAAGGAUUUAGAACGGGCACUGCAGACCUCUGAGACGGAUAAAAAGCACACACAGGAUCAGUUGAAUAACCAGCGUGCUGCUGAGAUGCGUCUGGAGGCGGAGAGGAAGCGUCUGCGGGAGGCGCUGGAGGCAGCUGAAACCAGAGCCACCAGGGUAGAGCUGGGGAGGCGCAGUCUGGAGGGGCAACUGCAGAGACUCAAACUGAGUCUGGGAGACCGGGAAGCUGAGAACCAGGCCUCCCAGGAUCGCCAGGACUCACUAGUCAAACAGGUUGCAGAAGGAGAAGCACAUGUGUCUCUGCUCCAAACAGAGGUGGAGAGACUGAGCCAGGCUCUGCUCAAGGCUCAGGAAGGUGAAUUGUUACUCAAAGAGAAGACUACCUCCCUCAACCAGAGCCUCCAGGAGGCGUCGGCCACUCACAGCAGCGCACAGGCUCGACUGGCUGUACUGCAGAAGACGCUGAGUGCGGUUGAACAGGACAAAAGACUUCUACAGGAACGAAAGGAUGAAGAUCAGGUGUCAUUAGCUGAAGCGAGGAGAAACAUGGCCGCACUCAGUGAGCGUGUGGAAAGCCUGCAGAGCGAGCUGAACCGGAAGGAGCUGAGACGAGAGGAGCUGGAGGUUGAGCUCAGCAACACUCAAGAGGCUCUGCGUCAGCGUUCGGCUGCACUGGCGGAGGCUCAGUGCAGAGCCCAGGCGGCUCAGGCAGAGCGGGCCACGGCAGAGGAGCGACUGCGUGGGCUGCAACGAGCGGUCGCCACGCUAGAGACGGAGAAAAAAGAUGCUGAGAGACAAGCUGUGAGGCUGGAGAAAGACAAGAAUGCACUGAGGAGCACUCUGGAUAAGGUUGAACGUCAGAAGCUGAAGACCGAAGAAGGCAGCAUGCGGCUGUCUGCGGAGAAAAGCCGCUUGGAUCGCUCUCUGAACACCGCUGAGCAGGAGCUGCAGGAAGCACAGCAACAGAUACUGAUGCUGCAGACUCAGCUGGCUGAGAUGGAGCAAUCACACAGUGUUUGUGAGAGUCUGGUGAGGCAUCGUGACGAGGCCCAGCGAGAGGCGGAGAGACUGAGGACCAGCUUCAGGGACAUUGAGCGAACUCUGGGAACAAGAGAUCGAGCUCACCGUCACCGGGUCAAAGGCCUGGAAGAGCAGGUGUCCACCCUGAAGGAGCAGCUGCAGCAGGAGAUGAAACGGCGGCAACCUUCUCUUCCUUCAUCCUUAUUGUCGCCAGGAAACUGAGACGCAGCUUAAAUGCAGAAGCACCAGCACAUCAGAUGCAGGGAAAGUCUACUCAUCACAAAUGUCUGAAAGCAAUAUUUAUCUGCAGAAACCUAAAGGUUUUCUUAUGAUUUGUUUUACUUUCUGACAAUGAAAUGAACACUACAUGUACAGUGAAGAACACUUAGCUCAACCUGUGGCACAAACACAGCAGGUGAGGGAAUGCAGCCAUGACUGAUGAUUCACCAGCUGCACUGAGACGCCAGCAUCCUGCAGCGUACUGGCAGUCAUCUGCACUUCCCCAACUUCCUGCUCUUAUUCAAGUAGAAACCCAAAUCACCACAGGAUUCUUCUCCAGACAGAAUCUGGAUGGGGUGCAGGAACGAAGUCCAACUGUUUUGCAGUUUGGCCUUGAUCCCUACACAAUUACAGUAUAUUAACAGUAGAAAGAAGUCCUUUUUCUUCUCUCCUGUACUGUUGUUGUCACUGUGUGCAGCUGCCAGGAAACACAUGAACCCAGCAGAGUGAAGGAGCUGCACUGUAUUUUCUCAGAACCAGACACAGAUUGUACUGUGAACAAACAGUUUUCACUGGAAAAAGAACCAUAAACAUGUAAGUGCUGCAGUAUGAUGGUGUACUUAACAAUAUAUUUUUUAUUAGUUAUUACUAGUUUUAUUAGGUGUCCAUACAUUUGACUUACAGUAUAAAGGCUGAAGACAGUACAAUGGAAGCCACAUGUUUGCAAACAAAUUCAGUGUGCGUCGUAAUUCUUAUAAAAACCAAGCACACCGAGCUGCAGCCGCAUAUAACCUUACAGCGAUGCGUCAUGUCUUACUCACACACUGAACAGCUGUAGUAAAAAAAAAA